ACCGCCUUGAACCCACACUCGCAGCCUUUCUCUGGAGAAGAUGGACAAUUAAAGGCAGAAGAUCUUUGCCAUUGCCCCUUUAUCCCCACAUCAGCUGGCCAAGAUGACCAUAUCUGUGGACUUCGAAGAGUGUCUGAAGGACUCCCUGAAGUUCAGAGCUUCAAUUGAAGGAGUAGAGACUGAGGUGACAGAGCUUGAAGUCAAACUUGAGAAGCUGGUGAAGAUAUGCAAUGCCACGCUUGAAGCUGGUCGAAUAUACAGCACUAAUGCCAGGCAAUUUGUGAACGGAAUCCGAGAACUGUCUGGACAUUGCAAAGACGAUGAGAUGAUGAGCGGAUGUCUGGAAAAAUUUUCAAACAGUCUAAGUAAUAUGAUUGAUCAGCACACGACACUCAUCGAGGUGAUUCAGAAAUCAGUCAAACAGCAUUUGCUUAGCUUCAUCAAGGAGGAUGUGAGGAAAUUCAAGGAAACAAAAAAACAUUUUGACAAGAGUAGUGAGGAUCUAGAGAAUGCACUGAAUAGGAAUGCCCAGGCACCCCCCAAGAAACAGCAUGAGGUGGAUGAAGCUACCAGUGCCCUCCUAACAGCUCGGAGGUCGUUCCGCCAUGUUUCAUUGGAUUACGUACUCCAGAUAAAUGUUAUUCAAGCAAAGAAGAAGAAUGAGAUGUUACAGUUUAUGGUGUCACUCAUGGAUGCACAGUCUAGCUUCUUUACUCAGGGCUUUAAUACAUUCAAGAGCAUCGAAGCUUACAAGAAACAGCUUGCAGAGCAGUUGCAUCAGCUCGUGUUGAAUUCAGCAAGAGAUAAACGUGAUAUGGAACAGAGGCAUGCCACUAUCAAGCAGAAGGAUGUGUUUUAUGAUGAUUUGGCAGUGGAGUUUAAUAUAGAGGCUCCAAAUGGUGUGGUUAUGGAGGGUUAUCUGUAUAAACGAGCUAGCAACGCCUUCAAAACUUGGAACAGACGGUGGUUUUCCAUUCAAAACAAUCAGCUGGUCUAUCAGAAGAAGCUCAAGGAUAAUCUAACGGUUGUGGUGGAAGACCUCCGACUGUGUACAAUCAAGUCUGGUACAGACACUGAGAGACGAUUCUGCUUUGAAGUAGUCUCCCCAUCAAAGAGCUGCAUGCUUCAGGCUGAUUCUGAGAAACACCAGCAAACCUGGAUCCUGGCGGUACAAUCAAGCAUUGCAACAGCCUUUAAUGAGAGGCGAGAGGACAAUUAUUCGAAAUUGGAAAGGACUUCGUCUAUGUCUACAGGAGUUUUGGAUUUCUCAGACGAAGCAAGACCCGGAAAGGAAAAGGGUCUGGAGCAGGUGCAAGCUAUCCCAGGGAAUGCCCAGUGCUGUGAUUGCAAUGAACACCUGCCAGAAUGGGCCAGCAUCAAUCUUGGCAUCACCCUCUGCAUAGAAUGUUCUGGAAUUCACAGGAGUCUGGGAGUCCAUUUUUCCAAAGUCCGAUCACUGACUCUUGAUUCCUGGGAGCCUGAAUUGUUAAAGCUGAUGUGUGAGUUGGGGAACUCUACCAUUAAUCGGAUCUAUGAAGCUCGAAUUGAAGAGAUGACAGUGAAAAAGCCUCACUCUGGAUCUCCUCGACAGGAGAAAGAAGCCUGGAUUCGGGCCAAGUAUGUGGAGAAGAAAUUUAUCCACAAACUUCCAGAAAGUGGCAUCAGACUUCGAAGGUGCAGCUUGAAGCGAAAUCAGCGUACCAACACUCUGGAGAAAGCCCAAAAACCUGAAAAACCACCAAAACCUUUCCUGAAGCCAAGAGGGAAAACCUUGUCCUCGAACUCAGGCGUGAAUGAUAAAGAAGCCUCAAAUGCUGACAGCUGUGACGAGCUGCGAGACCUCCAUCCAGGGGCGCUACUCUACCGAGCUGCCGCACUCCAAAAUCUCCCAGUCAUGGCUGAUGCACUGGCACAUGGGGCUGAUGUGAACUGGGUGAAUGCAUCAGAUGAGAACAAAACUCCACUUAUCCAGGCAGUGACACCGGGUUCCUUGGUAGCCUGUGAAUUUCUGUUGCAGAACGGAGCCAACGUGAAUCAAAUGGACAUCCACAGUCGUGGUCCACUCCACCAUGCCACUAUCCAUGGGCACACUGGUCUAGUGUGCCUGUUCUUGAAACGUGGAGCAAGCCAAACUGCAGUAGAUGAAAACGGCAAAGAUCCAAUUACGAUCGCUAUCGAUACUGCGAAUGCAGACAUUGUCACACUGCUUCGGUUGGCUAAAAUGAAUGAGGAGAUGCGAGAAGCAGAGGGAGUCUUUGGACAAGCAGGAGAUGAAACGUACAACGAUAUUUUCCGAGAUUUCUCGCAUAUGGCUUCAAAUAACCCGGAGAAGUUAAAACGUAAGAGUCAUGAACUCAGAACCUCAACGCUUUAAGUGUUCCUACCUGGCAAUCACCCAGAGAUAUCCUACAGGCUGCUGUAUGAUUCCCUCAACAGGUGCAACUUCUUUCAAACUAGCUAAAGUACAGAAAGCAAAAAAAAUGUUGAUUGUUCACAUACAGCAGGAAUAUCAUUUUUAAGAGUUCAACAACAAUAAGGAACUGAGGAACCCCAUUUCUUUUCCAGCACCAGGGGAUUCUUGCUUCCUCCAUCUUCAGUAUAUUGAAAUCCGAUCUAAUUGCACUGUUCCCUUGAUCUCCAAACUCUGGAACUCAACUAAUUCUCUUCUCAACAUGUCUGAAUUCAGCUACAGUCUGGAAUAUCUCAGGAUAACAUUUCCAGAUAAAGUUUCAAUCAGACUCCUAUUAAUUAUCAGAUAUCCAAAGUCAGUAAUCCAAACAGAUCUUGAGGUUCAAACUCAGAAUUAAGUUAGGGACAACUUUUUAUUCCGGGUCCCAUGCACAGCUUAAGACUGCGGAAAUCAAUCAGGCCAAAGCAGAAGCUGUUGGAUUCAAAAAUGAACAGCAGGAUUCAAAAGAAAUGUAUCAGAAAUUUGAGACAAUUUAUUACAUUGUGAUAGAGUUCACUUUGAAAGUUUUUUAAAAUAAUACAUUAGUUUGUAACAAUAUAUUUAUAUAAAAAAGAGCUUUGCUUGAGGUUUUGAAAAAAAUAAACCUUUUUAAAAAGAAA